GAGGACAAUGAUUGGGUACAAUAGGAAGGCUGGGCAUUUCAUAUGGAGGCUUGGGACGCAGCCAUGUGCAGUGAGUGGAUGGGGGAAGGGACGCUGGUGACAGAGCUGAACUAUGAGGACCAUACUACAGAGAAGCCGGUUGUUCAGCAGACAUUUUCCAGCAUGCGGGUUGUGUAGGAAUGCCGGGAGCCAUGCUUCCUUCCAGGAGGUGUCCAGGCUGCAGGAGAAGAAGAUGAAGAGUAUAUUGUAUCCGGUGACAGAUCUGGAGAAGGUAGUCAGUCCCGAUGUGGACCGGAAUAAUUUUAGGUUGUUUGACCCUCCCAUUGAGGAGAUCGCUGCCACCGAGAGCGUGUUCAGACCGUCUGGAAAGCACGUGAUUGAUUAUGUCACAUCAGCUGUCAGAAUGGAUCACACACCUGACCUGCAGCAGCCUGAGGUUUGUUUUAUAGGAAGAAGCAAUGUGGGAAAAUCUUCGCUCAUCAAGGCACUCUUUGCGCUGGUCCCUGGAAUUGAUGUGCGCAUCUCCAAAACACCAUUUGAAAAGGACAUUUCUAUUGGUGGACAGUUCCACCGGAAUUCAGCAAGCGGAUCUAAUCGCAGUGGAAAUGUGCGAGGAGUUAGGAAUUCCUUACGUUUUUGUGAUGACAAAGAUCGACCGGUCUCGGGCCGCUGUGCUGCUGACGCAGUUCCUGCAGCUACAGGAAUUCAUAAAGACCAAGACAAUGGGGUGCUUCCCUCAGCCCUUCCUGGCCAGCUCUCUGAAUUUCUCAGGAAUACACCUCCUCCGAUGUUUCAUAGCUCAUGUAACAGGAACCCUGCCGAAAAUCAGAUGACCACCACUCUCCCCAAUCAUGUGAAGUCCUUGUGCUGUAGCCCUCAAAGCCCUUUACUAAAGACAUGGUCUGUAUGUUUGUUUUAUGAAUCUAAGUGGGCACAAAAGUGUGGGCUACACCAAUAAUGCAACUGGACAAAGUAUUAUUGAGGGGAUGGUGGAGUAAGAGACCUUCAUCCUAUUAUAGGAAAUGCUAGGUUACCAUUUGUUCCAUUUCAAGAUGUGGUACUAAUCAAAUCAAGAUCUAGAUGUUCAACUUGAGUUGGCAAGCCUCUUUUCUUAACCUAAUGGAUUCCUAUCCAACGGACCUAAUAAUAAAAGAAUGCUUAGAUGAAUGAAUCCAUCAAAUGUUUUCUGCAGACAAUUUUUUGGAGUGCCAGGUGCUUACCUCCAUGGCACCUUUUUCAUGAUAACACAGGCGUUAUGACAGCAGCACCUUUAGUUGUCGACCUGCAAUCCCCGUGUAUUACAGCAACUGAAAUGGCGGCUGGCAAAAAGGGGACCUUCUAUUUGCCAUGGAAGAUUUUGCACCUUGGGUGGCCUCGCAGACAGAUUCUGAUAAUCACAGA